GUAUAAAGCCUACCCCGAAGGCUUAUGGCAUCACUUCUCCAAUUAGUUUGGCUGAACCAAAGCCUUUUGAUUUGGAGUUGACUAAAAAACUGGAAGAGUCUCUUGUGCCAUUCGAUGUAUUUGAAACAAAACUGGAGUUGGCUCAUCGAAUGGAAGUUUUAGCCAAACUUAAUAAACUUCUGAAGGACUGGAUCAAACAAGUGAGCCUAUCUAAAAAUAUGCCACCAAAUGUGGCUGAAACUGUUGGUGGUAAGAUUUAUACAUUUGGUUCCUAUCGACUUGGUGUCAAUGCUAAAGGUGGUGAUAUUGAUGCCCUGUGUGUUGCACCUCGUCAUCUAGAUCGUUCAGAUUUUUUUUCAUCAUUUGCUGAUGUUCUUAAACAGCAACCUGAGACCAAAGACCUUAGG